CGCGAACACCCUUAUUUUAUUUGUUAUUGUGCUUUUCAUGGCAAUCUUUUGUGUCGGCUUUUUUAAUGGUUAUGGAAAUUAACAAAUAAUAGAUAAACCUAUUAUUCAAUUUAGGGAACGCUACUUCAGUGCCAUGUAUUCUUCCGCAAAGAAGUUGCAACGAAUACUCUCUUCUAGAGAAAUACGCAAGUGUUUCAUUGACUACUUCAGAGUUAACCAUGACCACAAAUUUGUGCGUUCCAGCCCGGUGGUGCCAUUCUGUGACCCUACUGUGGCAUUUGUUAAUGCUGGCAUGAAUCAAUUUAAAUCAGUAUUCUUGGGAAAUGCUCAAGCACCCUAUCCGCGCGUAACUAAUUCCCAAAAAUGUGUGCGAGUUGGGGGAAAACACAAUGAUCUCUCCGUUGUGGGACAAGAUAGCUAUCAUCAUACAUUUUUCGAAAUGUUAGGGAAUUGGUCGUUCGGAGAUUACUUUAAGCAAGGAGCUUGCGAAAUGGCUUUCGAACUUUUACGUGGUCCAUUCAACAUCGAUCCCAGCAGAUUGUAUGUAACUUAUUUUGCAGGUGAUAAGAUACUUGGCUUACCUGCUGACAUGGAAUGCUUCGAAAUUUGGCGCAGCUUGGGAUUUCCUGCUGAACGUAUUUUGCCAUUUGGUUGCAAGGAGAACUUCUGGGAAAUGGGUACGACAGGUCCAUGUGGGCCGUGUACCGAAAUACACAUUGACCAUUUUCCCACAACGAGCAAUAGUCAUGAACGUGCGAAGUUCGUUAAUGCUGAUAAGCCAGAUUUGACAGAAUUGUGGAAUAUAGUCUUUAUCCAAUACAAUCGAAACGAAGACGGAUCCGUUACACAAUUGCCGGCUCAACAUGUAGACACCGGCAUGGGGUUUGAGCGAUUAACUGCAAUUUUGCAGCAAAAAUCGUCAAACUAUGAUACAGAUCUCUUCACGCCCAUAUUCAACGCAAUUCAAAAAAUUACCCAAGCUCCACACUAUGGUGGUACUUUUCCAACUGCCACUGAGGCCGCUACUUUGGACACAGGGUACAGAAUUUUAGCAGACCAUGCACGCAUGAUAACGGCGUGUCUUGCGGAUGGCAUGUUGCCGGAUCAAAAUCAAAAGCUUCGUCGAGUUCUACGCAAAGCCCUUACCAUAAGCGAAAAUAUUUUUACAAAUGAGAAAUUAUUGUCACAACUCAUACCUGUGGUUGUAGAGACUAUAGGAACAGCUUAUCCCGAAAUGAAUAACAAACAGACCUCAAUCCUCGAGUUGAUAGCGCACGAACAAGAAGUAUUUAAAUUGCUGAGAGAAAGCUCUUCAAAAGCAUUUGCAGAGGUUCUGACAGAAUUUCCCAACUUGGAAGAUAUAGACUUGAGGGAGUGUCCCGGAUUUGUGCCCGCAUAUCGUGAUUUUCAAGCACAAAAAGAAACAUUUAAAAAUAAUGUGCUACCCGGUAAAUUUCUUUACAAACUUACGGAUACGUAUGGACUAACGGAGGAGCAUUUCAAAAAAUUAGCGGAAUUAGAAAACAUGGAAUGUGAUUUGCGGGGAUACCUCACAGAGAUUUCAAAUGCUAAGUUUAAAUCGAAAAUUUCAUUCAAUGGCAAUAGUGAAGAUAAACUAGAAAGCCAAAUACGCUCGAACGAAGCACUCGCGCGUCUAACUCAAAAGUUGGGUCCAACGGAUAAUAGUUUAAAAUAUGCUUACAAAUAUGAUGCGAAAAAUAAACGGUACAUUAUUCCUACACUUUCGGCCCAAGUAACCGGAAUGGUAUAUGGUGGCUCAGAAUCGGACACAGUGUUUUUAAAUAGUUCAUUGACCGAUAGUGAUCUCCUGCACAUUGUAACAUACGUCAGUAACUUCUAUUAUGAAUCGGGUGGUCAACAAGGAGAUGUCGGUACCAUCUUAUUGACAUCUGAAAGAGAUGAUCGUUCUAAACCACAAUUGCCUGUUGUGGAAGUUAAGCAUGUAAAUGAUUGCAUUGUGCACGUGUGCAAACUGCCGAAAUUCAAAGAGGAGUUUAUUCUAACGACUGGUGCGCAAAUUCAGCUUGUAGUAAACGAAAAUCACCGUCAAAGAACAACUUGCCAUCACACAGCAACACAUUUAUUAAAUGGUGCCAUCAGGUCGCUCUUCAACAAAGUUACCUAUCAAGUAUCUAGCUCCGUUACCAGUGAUAAUUGCAAACUUGAACUUGGCUUAAUUGGCAAGCGUAUUACAAAAGACGAUAUUGUUCGAAUAGAGGAUUUAAUUGGACAGACCAUUAACUCGAGGGUGCCAGUAGUCGUAACAUAUACAAAUGCCAGCGAAGUGUUACAACAAGACGAUAUCACUAUGGUACCUGGUGAAAUAUACCCUGAGACUGGCUUACGUUUGAUUAGCAUAAAAUGCGAGCAUCCGCAGUUACUCUCAAAGGAGUUAUGUUGUGGAACGCAUAUCACAAACACGCAAGAGUUGGAAUAUUUCACCAUCACAAACCUCAGACAAACCAAUCGUGCACGAUUUGCUUUCACCGCAGUUGCUGGAAUUGCCGCUGAAAAUGCUCUUAAAACGGCGGCACUGCUGAAGCAUCGUGUAGAUAUGUUGGAGGAACAGUUUAAGACUGAUAAGCUCACAAACGCUACAGAAAUCGAGUUACAAAAGAUACGCCAUAAUUUAUUGCACACGGAAGUUGUUUUGCCAUACGUUUUUAAAAUCGGAACAUUAGAGCGUAUAUAUGAUAUACUCAAAAAGCUCAAAGAAACCACACGCACAACCUUAAAAGAAUUUGUUGAAGUGGAAAUGAAAGCAUUACUACAAGAAAAAACAAUUGAUAUGCAUCCGUUCAUUGUGCACUACAUCACAAGUUCAGCACUAGUCGAAGAGGUGCCUCUGCAAAAAGCUACAAAACUGUGCACCGAUCGUCCGAUACUCGUAGCUAGCAUGUGUGAGAGUAUUGUAAAAGCACGUUGUUGUGUUCCAAAGAAAUUUAUUAGCGACCAGUUCGAUGCAGAACAAUGGCUAAAAGAAUUCGCUGGGGUAUUCAAAUCUCAAGUUGCUACUCCAAAGGGCCAAAAUUCCGCAGAAGUGUGCAAUAUGAAAGGUAAAAAAGUGUCAACGCAGUUCGAAGAACAAUUAGAAGAAGCAAUUACAAAAGCAAAUAACUUUGCGGUUAAACGCCUUUUGUUGUGAUUUUACAUUUAUUCUUAAAUUAAUAAAGUACUAUUCGCAUAAAUGUUA